AGUCAAAAGUCAAAACUAAUAUAAGCCCUUACUUCAUUUGCAGGCAUCCGGUCUUUAUACUACUGGUCAAAGCCUGCUAUUUAAAAAGCAUGAAAUUUAAAACUGGACAAAACAGGAAAGGGCACAAAGUGACGACGAAUGGGUGGAGAUGACUUUCCAUUUACUAAACUCCGGCUGGCAGACAUGUAGAGCGUGGCUGACAUUCUUAACUGUGUAAAAUAACUCCAGAGACAGUCCGACUUCUUAUUUUGUCUGCUUUGCAGUGGGGAGGGGAGAGCUAGACAUAUUUCUUCUCAGCUCUGUCAAGUAUGGAGGAGUUCGGCUUGGUGCGCUGCGACAGCCUGGACACAGCGUCCAGCAGCGACAAGGAGCCGACGACCCGCUUGGACAACAUGAGUCUUUGCCCAGAGGUGGAGCCUUCGCCAGCAGAGUUGGCUCAGUGCGAAGCUGAAGUGGGCACCCUGCUCAGCAUCAUUGCUGAAGUGAACAAAAAGAUGGGCUCGCUGAAGGCGCCAAGUGAACCAGGUGAUUUGAGACCACCAAGACCACCCAGCCCUCUGUUUCCUGACCUGCUUUCACACAGGCUAGUGAGAAGCAUCCCAGAAAAGAAGACUGCCUCUGAUGUCAAAUGUAGACGUUCGCUCCCUUACCGAGGAGGCUGUAGCGUCAUGUGGGCAGAACUCAAGGGUGCCCUGGCUGCUGUGGAGGACUCCAUCAACUACAGAAGGUCCUGGGCAGCCCCCAUCACAUCCUCUGACCGAGAAAAACCCAAAGAGCAUCUGAGAGCAGCUCAGGACAGCUGGGCUAAGGCUACUAAGAUUUUGGAGGAAAUGGAAAAGGAAUUUGGGAUAUCUUGUCCGUCAGAUGUGGCGAAGGAAACAUUUCAGGAGGACGUCUCAGAAAAGCGGAUCGACGCUCAUCCCGCGCAGGCUGACUUGGGAGAAUUACAGGGAGUACACAGCAUCAGCCAGGUGGAAGGGGAGAAGAGCAAGGUUGGUCAGCAGAGGGCCUGGAGGUCUGCCAUUUCCUCGCCUCCAUAUAGAUCAGCAGGCACCACUGGGGCUUUAAGUACAGACAGGGCCUGGUCCUCCUUUCCAAAUUCUCCUUUGCUCCUCAGAAGAGCUGCAGGAGGAUCAUUAUCUUCAGGAGGUGACUGCUCCCCCCUGAGCUUUGUUACCUCAGGAAGUCCUAGUCCAAGCCCCGUCGGCCUAGAGUCAGAGAUAGAACGGCUGAACAGGUACAAUGAGAAGCUGAAGUCGAGAAAUGAACGUCUGACCGUUGCUUUGGAGCGAAGGAGGGCAGAGUGCGAGCACCUCAGUGUCACACUAAAGAGGUUCGAGGCCGAUUGCUCCGCCAUGCACUUGGCUCUCAGAUACUGUGAAGAGUGUGAAGAGGCCUACAGUGAACUCUUGUCGCUUUACGAUGCUCAGAGGCAACAAAGCAUUCCUCUGCAGACCAGCAGAGCAGGUGUCGAGGAGAAGCAGCAGCCGGGCAGUCCGUCACAGAAAAUGGGAGGCGAGGAGUUGUCGACCUCCUUCACAAUAGUAGAGGUCACCCGGGAGAUGGAAACACACAAGGCACAGAGAACCCCUGAAGUGACUGACCGAGAGGUUGCGCUCCGUCAGCUAAUUGAACAGCUGAAAAGAGACCGGGCGGCCAUUUACCUCCAUAAGCCACGUCCGCAUCAAGCAGAAGUCAAAAUGAGCCCGGACGCUGGUCACUCUGCUGGGAUGAGAGUGAGACACGUAUCAAAAGAUAACAGCAAGUCUGGUGAUGAAAGCACGAGGGAUAAGACAUCUUUGUUCCAUGAGCUGAUUACAGCCAGGGAAGAGAUGUCGGAUCUACGCGCUCUGAUUCGUCUGAAGGAGAAAGAGCUCCGGUGUCUGCAGUGGAGUGUGGUGGCCCAGAAAGCACAGGAAGGAUCUGAAGCGCGUGUUCCGGAAAGCCUCCGAGAGGAGCUUGGCGGCUGUAAAGCUGAACAACAGAGGCUCUGCGAGAAUGCAGCGAAAGUGUGUAAUGAUGGUGACGUGGCUGGGCUCAGGACGAGGCCCAUAUUGAAAGAGCUGCACGUGCUACAUCAGAGGGAACAAGCCCUAAAGAAGAGACUGGCUUCAGUUUACGACUCACUCAAUGCAACGCUCCCAGACAGCGCCUCCAACAGCAGGGACAGUGACGAACACGUUUCACGGAUUGCACAAGCUCACAGUAAGGCCUUGAGCUCGUACAGACACAUUCGCAGAAGGUACAGGGAGCAGGUGUGGAAGCUGGAGCACAAACUAGCAGCCAUGAUGGAGAGUCAGCACAUCCAGAGUGAAAUGACGACGGCAGGGGAAGAUUCAGAAUGGAGGAGGGAAGAGACUGUUCUCUAAUCCAGUUACGCGUCACAGAGACAAAGUAACUGGACAUCUUGGCUAGAGUCCUUCCUGCUUGUAGGGUUUGUGUCUGUUUGAAAUGGUUUAAAUGACAUCUAGGUAAAAUGGUAAGACAUGGAAAUCACUGCUUGUUCAUCCAUAGUGCGAGAAUAUUAAACUGAAUUGAAAUUGGAGAGCACAACUCAAAGUAGACUUUCAUUGCAUUCAAGCCAACUAUAGAGCCACUCCAAUUAGAAGCAUUGCAGUAAGUACAUGCCUACCACAUUUUAUGUCAUUGUUUAAUGUCUUGCCCAUUAACAAAAAAAGUGUUUCUUUUUUUAUGUAUUUUUGGUGUGUAUUUUACACCUCCUAAAUAUUGCCCAAUCUGAAAAAAAAACUCUUUGUGUACCAAGCUGAUCGUUACUUUUUUUUUUUGCACUCAUUUCUGCGGAGCUAUGAAAAAACAAAAAUAUUUCAAUCCAUGGGUAAGUUUAAACAAGAACAAGUACUAGUAAAUAGAUCUAUCUAAUCUAUUCAUUUCAUGUCAUUUUCUUGUUCUCUUGAGAGUCGCAGGUGAGCUGGCACAUAUUUCAGAAAAUAUGUCUGUAAGGAAGAUGUUCUGUACUGAAUUAGUGGUGUACUGAAGGUCCAUCGCUACAAUUGCAUAAUAAUAAUAAUAGGAUUUCUAAAUUGAUAUGAGUUUAUUAUUGUUAUUAUUGUUUUGUCUGGUUGUUAGGUCAAGCAGAAAGAAGAAGUUUCAAGAUGCCGCUGUGCAAAGACAGGAUAGGAAGCAUGCAGGACAAAAGUCGUGAACCCGGCUGUACAACUGAAGUGUGCUGGGAGGGGGCAUGCGAAUUAUAAACAUCUGUAGGACCAAAGUGUAAGUAAAACGAUACCCAAGAAAUUCACAGUCACAGUUUUUUGUCGCAAUGAGUGAGUGGCCCCACACCCAGCGAGUAAGUCCCAGGGGCGUCUGUCUGGGGACACAUGCAAGGGAAUUGACACCAUUUUGCAUGCACAUUGACUGUCAGAAGUGGCCUGUAAUUGCUGUGCCCGUACCACAGGGGCUUAGGACCCCAUCAAAUCAAUCGAGAGGUGGGGUCGGGCCCAGGAGUCCACCCGAGAGCGGUCCUGUGAACUGGACACGUCCUACAACGAGGGAUCCGGGGCAGUACACCGGUCCCACUGAGGUACCGUGAAAACUGACCACUCGGAGGAGCCCGCAAGGACCCCAAUGCCACUCCCUCAGCCCGAAUGACCUAUUGAAACCCAGCCUGAAUAUGUGACUAAUGAAGUUGUAAGUUGAACCAGUGUGCGACGAGUGGUUAUUAAGUGGACCGUACUGCUUUAUCCUUUAUGUAUUGUGACGGAAGAACGCCUGAGACCUUUUCUGAAGCCCCCUGAGAAACUUUGGAAUUGCAUUUCCUGUUCCCUUUAAUUGCUUUUGGGCUCUCCGAUAUUGCUCCUCGCUGCCAUUCUUUCCCACAUCGAAUCCCCCAAACUCAUCUCGCCCCCCUACCCUCCGGCCAAUCCUGUGCCCCACCCAGCGGUGAACGGCGGUCAGAAGGUUAAGGCAAAGGUUGAGUGUCACGCCCAUAGGGUCACAGUGAUGCCUGGCUGUUGCGCCGUGCUGUGAAUUGAGGCUUCACAGUGGCAGACGAGGUGGUGAGUCCCAGGCGCCCUGACUCUCGGUGAGGCCGCCGUUUCCCGAGCAAAGGUCGGCGUAAAGGUCGUGUCCUUCCCGCUUCCCCCAUACGUCCAGGUCACUGUCACUAUUGUUGUAAUAGCUGCCAUUUGGGCAGAUGAUGCAAUUAUCGUUCCUCUUUGUGAGCCUCUUCUUGAAGAUCUAUGUUCAGUGUUUGGGGUUCAUCGGAGGUUUUUUUCCCAUCACGCCACGGUCGUAACCUCUGCUUGACUCUUCUUGAAUCAAAGGGAGCGCGUUGCGUGGAAACACGCUGCCGACUUUUUGCCAAGAGUGAACGAUGGGUGGUGAGCGUGAUCAAACUGGCGUCGCAUUAGCUCAUUCUCUUGAAUUUUUGAUCACUACUCAAAGAAAUCAGCUCCGGUCAGCUCAACUAGUUGUUGAUGUGUUUAUUAAGGUUAUCAGAAUGUAUGUGUAUUUUAUUUUGAAAUACUAUUUCUAUCCUAUUUAUACUAUUUUACUGUGCUUUAGUCUAUAGAAAUCUAUUGUAUAGCUUUACAUAAUGUUUUGUAUAUUUUGGUCUAUAUAUAUAUAUAUAUAUA